AUGGCAUUAUUGUUAUAUUUAAUAGUGAAUUUAAUAUUUUUAAGUAUUCCCGUUCAGUGUGCUAAAUUAAACGUGCCACGAAUUUUGCUACCUAUUUUCAAUGACUUUGCAACAAAUUUUACCUUAGAAGCUACUGAAGGCGGUUGUUACAAAUGGACAACAACAAGAAGUGAUAUAGUACAAAUAACUCCUUUAGAUGAACAUUCUGGUGAAGAAUGUUCCACAAAAGUACUUUUAAGUACUGUUACAAAGGAAAAAGCUAGAAAUAUAGCCGUUGUUUUGGCAGAAGAUCCCAAUACCAAAGAGACAUUAAGAUGUGACGUUAUGGUAGAUACUAUACAAGAAUUACGCAUUACAACUACCACUAGAGAACUUUUUAUGGAAGAAGCACCAGAAGAUUUUCAAGUCAAUGCAUAUGAUGACCAAGGAAACGAAUUUUCUACAUUAGAAGGAGUUGAAUUUGAUUGGAAUAUAGUUACUUUGGGGUCCAACAAGCAAACAGUAUUAAGAUAUAUUGCUUACAGAGAUUCACCAUAUGAAACUCCAAAUGCAAUUGAGGAUCUUGAAAGCCAACAGAAAAAAGGGUAUUCUAUUUUACUUGAAGGAGUUAAAAGUGGUUCUGCAAAAGUCACUGUUCGUUUACCAUUUUCUGAGUACAAACAUAUUGAACAAUGUGAGGUGCAGCUGAUGGUUGUGGCAAAUAUUAUAAUUACACCCCCAGAGGUGUAUGUAAUGAAAGGAGAUAUAGUAACAUUUAAAAUAUUUUUUUUGAAAAAUGGUAGAAUGGAAGAAAUUCCAUUGCCGGAUAAUCAAUACUUUCUUGAAACAGAACAACCAGAGAUUGCAUAUACAAAUAAAAAAUCCUCCGAAAUUGAAGCUGUGGCAGAGGGUCACACAAGAGUGGUAUUACGUGACAAGAAUGUUGACACAAACGAUCCAUUGAUGAAAUUACCUGCAGCUAUGAUUCAUAUUAUGACACCUGAUUAUAUGGUAUUAAAUAUUUUGCCCUAUAAAAAUUGGGCUAUUCUUCUUGCAGAUCAUCAUGAUAUUGUUGCAGAGCUCUACACAAAAGAUGAUCACAAAUUAUUUAUUGGUGAAAAUACUAGAAUAGAAAUGGAAGUUUCGACUGAAUUUGCAGUUGUCAGCAGAUCUCCCAAUGGUAGUUGGAUAUCAGGUUACGGUGUAAGGCCAAGUGUGGCCAGCGUGCAGGCUUAUUUACAAGGAGUUAACAGCCAAACAAAUGGAAAAAUUACUUUUAAACCAAUCAGUGCUAAGAAUGAGAUCAUGAUUUAUCCAAGAAUGACAGUCAUACCAUCUGAAGUUAUCCUUCCUUGGGACCCAAUCACACGACCAAAGUUUGAAGUGCCACUAACGGUUAAAGGAGGCGAUGGUAGAUACUUGUGGGUCAGUACAGACAAUUCCAUAGGCAUGGUCAGCCAAACAGGCGUUGUAAGAACUCUAACAAGUGGUUUUUUCGAAGUCGCAGCUCUUAUGUUACGCAAUCACAACAAUAGAGCCAGUGCUAAAUUCAUAAUAAUACCGCCGACCCGUCUUGAGAUUGUCGAAUUCGUCAUGGAAGCUGAAAUUGGAACUCCUGUAUAUCUACACAUUGCUCUUUACGCUGAACAGGAAAGAAAUGGCCAAACUAUUAAUCUGCCAUUUACAAGAUGCCAAGAGUUGCCUUUUCAAAUAAAAAUGACAGACCAGAAGUUCAGGCAAAACAAGACUGCAGCUCUGCCACCAAUUGGAGUCUCUUGUGGUAAUAUAGCAAUGACUGCACUUGAAAUUGGUACAAGCAAGGUAACCAUUUCUUACUUCCAAGAGGGUAAAUCUCUGGAAGAUUCAGUGACAGUGAGUGCCUUUAAAAAAUUAACACUGAUAGAACCGAAACGUGAAGUAGUUUUGGCAAUAGGAACUACACUUAAUUUAGUGUAUGCUGGAGGGCCUCGUCCUAUGCUAGGUCGCUCAUCUGAAUUUUCACGAACUGUUGUCAGUGAGGAUGAAAAUAUUGCUCAAGUAAAGGAUAUGACUGGAUUAUAUCAAUCACCAAGAGAAGAUAUCACUGUUGUUCAGGUACUCUGUGCCAAAUUAGGAGAAACUAAUAUCAAAUUAAUGAUAAGUAACACUCCAUCAGUUUCAAAUUGUAGGGCGCACACUCAUGCCAUUAGUACUAGAGUAAUCUGUGGCAAACCCAGAAAAAUUGUCCUUCAACCUGAAUUACAAAUAGCCGACCGUGAUGCAUGUCCUAUGGACAUAGGUUCUGGCAAUGUUGUAGUACAAAGUAUUGGAUGUGUUGACAUAGACGUCUCGGUAUAUGAUGAGUCCGGUAACAAAUUCUUAAAUGUUACAAGCUUGCAAUUUGAUUGGCUAGUUGAUCCUUAUAAAAGUGCCAAAAUUCUAAGCAAGGAUUCUGUUUAUCCUAGAAAUUUAACUGUUGGAAACAUUCCAAUCGGUCAUAGCCACUACCAGACUAUAGAACCAACUGUUGAUAAAGGAGUUGUUGUUCUUAAUGUGACGUUAUCAGGAUAUAGAUCAUCAAUUUUGAGAAGUUCCUAUGUCAAAUCAGAAUGGCCUCCAUUUGUAUCUGAAGAAGACCAAGGUCAAACUGUAGCACCAAUAAAGCAUUCUCUUUCAUUAUUUCUAGUUGAAAAUCCCAUUAUUUCCGAUAGUUUAAUAACUGCCUAUAAUCACCCUGGAAACAAAAUAAUUGUUCCCAUUAAGCAAGGCUCAGGGUUCUUUGAACUGCUUCUUAGUAAUGAUGAAAUAGCUGUUGUCAGAUAUAUUGAAUCUACAAGGGAGAUUGAAAUUACACCCAUGAAAUCCGGAGAGUUGACCAUCCAAGUAAUAGAUUUGUGUUUGGUUGCAAGGCCUGCUAGUUUGGUGGUCAAUAUAAUAUCUGUUGGAAUUAUAAGAGUCGAAAUGGUGGAUAAAGUCGAAAUAGGGAAAUGUAUAACAGCAAUAGUGAGGUUGUAUGAUGAAAAUGAUAAUUUAAUGGAAAUUCCUAAUCCAGAUAUGAUAGACUUACGGCCGGAAUUUGAAGAUAGCAUUGCUAAUAUAUAUUUAGCAGAAAAAAAUACAGAUUGGGGUCGGGGAGAAAUACGUUUUAUUGUAACAGGUAUGGAAAGUGGAGAUACAAAGUUGGUAUUUACAGUCACAGGAAGUGACGAAGAACUAAACAGUGCUCCUCUAAAAUUGCAGGUUUUUGAACCUCUUAAAUUAUCACCCAAAAAUGGUUCGAUCAUUGUCAAUUCAAAAAUGCAAAUAAAUUCCAAAGGGGGGCCAUCACCUGAUAUUAAAAUUAUUUUCCACUCACAAACUGCGUUUGUUGAUGUGUCUGAAAAAGGGGUAAUCAUUGGUAAGCAACUGGGACAUGCCAGAGUUUAUGGAAAAGCAGUUGGAGUACAUCCCUUUACUGGACAGACUAUUAUUUAUGCAGAGGAUUUUGUAGACAUACAGGUUGUCAAACUGCAAGGUCUAAAACUAUUGUCGCCUAUAUUAAGGUUUAAAAUUGGUUCAAUGGUUCCUUUCUGGGUAUGGGGCCUACCAAAUAUUUCACCCAUGGUGCUUGGUGCUUUUGAUGAUCCACCCAUUCGUUUCAAAUGGAAUGUGGAUGACAAACUGUUGGUAGAUCUGAGUGGAAUUUUCCACCCCAUUGGUGUAUUUAAAAAGAAACUUGACAGGGUAUCUGCUAAGAUACAUGGUUUGCAAUUAGGAAAAACUCGACUGUUUGUGAACGCAACUAUCCCCGGUAAAACAGUGAAUAUUCAUAAUUUGGAGUUUGUGCCACUGUCCGCUUGGGUCGACAUUGAGGUAAUUGGGGAAUUUAUGCUGACUCAGCCAAAAAAUUUCCCUGGACGUUCUCUACUUAUGGCUCCAUUCAGUGAAAUUCAAUUGACUACCAAUAUGGAUAGUGCCUCGGGACAAAAAAUAUAUUUUUCGCUACCAGGAGAUCAAACUUUCUCAACUGAACUGUUAGCAGACAGAUCUGUCCGUGAUGAUGUGAUUGUAACAAUCAGUUCCACUGGUCUGGUCCAAUCUUAUGGAGUUCUAGGACAAACCUUAUUGAUAAUUACAGCCACAGAUGAAAUGGGUUUAAAACAACGUCUUUCGUAUGUUGUGGAAGUGAAAACUAUACAAUUUAUGAACUUAAUUGUUCUUGCCAACUGGCGCAUCCACUCUGAUACUCAACUCCGCACAGUACCCUUGGGUACUGAGUUCAGGUUGAAAGCUACAUUUCAUGACAAUAUUGGUAACGAGUUCCAUGCUGGUCCAAAGAAAUUACAGAUAAGAACCAGUCGUUGUGAUUUGUUGAAAGUGGCAGAGAGUGAUGAAGAUGCGACUAUUUGGAUUUAUACCAAAGCCAUUGGGUCUACUGUGAUUAAGGGUUGGGCAGAAGGUAUUCAGUCAACUGCAGAUUACUUAAAAGUACAUGUAGAACAAUCUGUCAAACCCGAACUUGAGAGUCUGACAACCGGCGACGUAAUUUGUCUAUGGACUCCCGUGGUGAGCGAAUAUAACGUUCCUGGCACAUGGAGAAGCAGCGACGAUUCAUUGCUUCACAUCAAUCCGGCGUUAGAUGUCGGUUUCGUUGGAAACAAAGAAGGCGUAGUCAUUUUAACUCAUUCCCUAUUGAGAAGCGCUCCAAUUUCAAUAGAAAUCAAUAUGGUCAGCCAAAUUGAAUUUUUGGAAACUUCAAUGAUUUUAACGAACAAAGAACUCAAUCAUGUUGAAAGAGUCAUACUCGUACUACAAAGUGAUAAAAGUUUUGGCGUGAAGACAAACAAUUUGAUCCAAGGCUGGAGAUGCAGGACAGACGUUAGAAAAAUUGUCAGGCCAACAGGCUUUAAAUGCUUUGGUACUUUUGCAAACCAUACUUUACCACUUACUUUUGAUGAUCUUUAUAACAUCACUCCAAGUUGGGUACCAGACACAGGACAGUAUGCUUGCAAACUAAUUAAUCUGGGAGUAAAUGGAACAAUCAUUUCCAUGUUAAGAACUGAUGUAAUCGUUUGGGCUACCACUCUAGAUGAAUAUGUCACGUCUGAAAAACAGAUUAUCAAAUUUUUACCUGGUGCUUACACUGUGAAACAAAUCGACUUAGAAAACACUUUUGAGGGAGAAUUCGCUAUAUCUGGUUUACCUGAGGUAUUAGCACAAAUAGACGUUUCUCCUGCUGAUAGCAGCAUAUUAUAUGUUGACAGUGGUAGUGCAUUUGGUGAAUAUCAAAUAAAAUAUAAGAUUCAAUUAAUCGAUUAUCACUGGAGAUUAGCAAAUCUUGAAGAAGCAAUGGGAAUUGUGGUAACUUCGCCAAUAACUCAACAGAAUUUGAAGAUACUUGUAAAAGUACAUGGCACUACAGACAAAACAGUUUGUGGUACAGGUCGAUCACCAGUAAUGCUGUUUUUGCAGAAUUACAAAUAUGCAAUAAUGUCAGCCAUAACGAUGUUAAUCAUAUUUUUCAUAACUUUUUAUUUGUAUUCCAAGUACAUGCAGCCUGUGGUUAAUGUUAACCUCCAUUCUCCUCGUGGACCUCCACCACCACCAUCAAGCCUUAAUAGAUCGCAGCAGUAUUCUCCGGACGUCUCCAACAGAAAUAAAUAUAUAAAGGAUAGAAACACUUUGAGUCCAAGAAUGACAGGCACAGGAACGUGGCCGAAAAAUCUGUGUUCUUGUUGUCAAUCUCCACAAUGUGUGAAUAGAGAGCCUAUUUAUGGAGAAGCUAGUACGUUUUAUACUAGCCCCGAUCACAGAACCACCAGAAGAAUGAUGUGA